AUGCCAUUUGGUCAAGUUAUUAUAGGUCCCCCUGGCUCUGGGAAAUCAACAUAUGCAUUUGGUUGUUAUCAAUUUUUCAAUGCUAUUGGUAGACAUACUCAAAUUAUUAAUAUGGAUCCAGCAAAUGAUAGAUUACCGUACCCUGUAUCUGUAGAUAUUCGAGAUUUUAUUACUCUUGAAGAAAUUAUGAACGAGAAAGAUCUUGGUCCUAAUGGUGGAUUAAUGUAUGCGAUGGAAUCUAUCAAUAAUUCACUUGAUUUAUUUGUAUUACAAAUCAAAGCUUUAUUAGCAGAUCAAAACAAUAUACCAUACCUAAUCUUUGAUUGCCCUGGUCAAGUAGAACUCUUUACACAUCAUUCUUCUUUAUUCCAUAUUUUUAAGAUUCUUGAAUCCAAAUUAGAUAUGAGGUUUUGUGUUGUCAAUUUAGUGGAUUCUAUUUAUAUCACAUCACCUUCACAGUAUGUUUCUAUACUAUUAUUAACGUUACGUUCCAUGCUAAUGAUGGAUUUACCUCAAAUCAAUGUAUUUUCCAAGAUUGAUAAAUUAAAAUCAUAUAAUCCUGAAUUACCAUUCAAAUUAGAUUAUUAUACAGAGGUUCAAGAUUUGAAUUAUUUACAACCAUUUAUCGAAGAGGAAAAUAAAAAUAAUUUAUUAUUAAAAAAAUACUCUAAAUUGACAUCAUCAAUAAGUGAAAUAGUUUCUGAUUUUAAUUUAGUAUCAUUUGAAGUUUUAUCAAUUGAUAAUAAACAAAGUAUGAUUAAUUUGCAAAUGAAUAUAGAUAAGGCUAAUGGAUACAUAUUUGGUACAUCUGAAAUAGGAGGUGAUACUGUUUGGGCAGAAGCUACAAGACAGAAUGUUUCCAUAAUGAAUGAUAUAGAUAUUCAAGAUAGAUGGUUAGAUAACAAAGAAAAAUAUGAUAAAGAAGAAAUCGAACAAUUAAAACAAUUACAACAAGAAGAUAAAGUUAAUGAUAAAGAGAUUGAUGUUAAUGAUGAUGAUGAAUGGGAAAGGGCAUUAAAAGAAUGGGAAGACAAAAAGGGUAUGGAUUAUGUGAGGUGA